CGCCAGGGUCGUCAGAGGGGUCGGACCACAAUCUAGUCAUUUAAUUUUUUAAUAUUUUAAAUUUCGCAAUCGAAAGGUCAUCAUGAAAGUGUUCAUCGCAUUGACGGCAAUCACCGCGCUUGCGAGCGCCCAAUUUAAAUGCCCGGCGAAGGAUGGCCAGUAUGAAGACGACAGACAAUGCGACAAGUUCUACGAAUGUGUCGACGGUAUUGCCACCACCAAGCUGUGCCCUGACGGGCUAGUGUUCGACCCUACCAUCAGGAAGAUCAACAAGUGUGACCAGCCCUUCAACGUAGACUGCGGUGACAGGACUGAGCUGCAGCCCCCGAAGCCAACCCAGCAGUGCCCUCGCCGCAACGGUUUCUUCGCGCACCCUGACGCGUCUGUCUGCAACAUAUUCUACAAUUGCAUUGAAGGAGAUGCCAUCGAAGUCAAGUGUACCGCUGGCCUUCACUUCGACGAGUACUCCGGCACCUGCGUGUGGCCUGACGCGGCUGGCAGACAGGGAUGCAACGCUCAGGAGAAGAAAACCAAGGACGGUUUCGAAUGCCCCAAGGAGCAGAUGGUAGACGCUCAGGGCCAGGCCGUAGCUCACCCCAAGUUCCCCCACCCGACUGACUGCCAGCGUUUCUACGUGUGCCUCAACGGAGUCGAGCCCAGAGACCUCGGCUGCACUGUCGGAGAAGUCUACAACGAGGAGUCCCAGAAGUGUGACGCCCCUGAGAACGUGCGCGGAUGCGAGGACUGGUACAAGGACUCGGAGGACGCCGCGCCGCCAGCACCCAAAUCGAGGAACUAAGCCUCUAGUGAUACGUACUUUAGUUACGCCUAAGACUUGAUUAGUUAAUAUAAGUUAAACAAUA